AUGAGCGGCGAGAUUGAUGCCGUCUACAUCUAUGACGAGCACAACGCCCCCCUCGUCGAACGUGUAUACCGAGCCCGCCCGCCCUCGGCGGCCGCGAUCCUGCCCCUCUACCUCGCUCAUGCCGAACCUCGCCCCUCCUUGCUGUACAUUCCUAAUGCAUCGCCGCCGGUGACGGUUUUUUCGAUUAUCCAAUCGAAUCUGCUGUUUCUCGCCGUCAGUGAGGUGGACACCGAGCCACUCUUGGCCUUGGAAUUCCUGCAUCGCGUGGUCGAUGUAUUGGAGGAAUUUGUAGGCGCGCCACUGCUUGCGACCAAGAUUCAGGCCAACUAUGAUGUGGUUGCUCAGUUGCUGCAUGAGAUGUGCGAUGGGGGAUUGGUAUCCAAUACGGAACUCAAUGCUUUGCAAGAGGUUGUUGAGGUGCCCGGGUGGAUGGGGAAGCUUCUCGGCGGAAUAAGCAUGCCUGGGGCAUCGACACCGACCUCAGGUACCGUCAACCCUCUGAAGCAAUCACUCGCCGCUGCUAGCGCAACUCAGGGCCCCGCAAUACCCUGGCGACGACCUGGAGUACGACACACAUCAAACGAGCUAUACGUCGACAUCAUUGAAUCUCUCUCUGUGACCAUGGCGCCAUCUGGGCGAUUGCUUUCCGCUAUGGCAUCUGGAACUAUUGCAUUCACCGCAAAGAUAUCGGGAGUUCCGGACUUGCUCCUGUCAUUAUCGGCGCCGGGUGGUCAGCAAUCACUUGCUCGCAAGAUUGAACUACCGGUAUUUCACCCGUCUGUUAGACUUGCUCGCUGGCGAGAGCGGCCCGGCGAACUUAGCUUCAUACCUCCAGAUGGACGAUUCAUUCUGGCUGGGUACGAAGUCGAUCUUCUUCCGGUAGACCCUGAUCUAGACGAACCGCCAAGUCACAUGGAGAAACUGUUUCUACCGGCCAUUGUGGACAUCCGCAAAUCCCUCGGUCCGACCGGCUCAGAUUUCGAGGUUAGGUUGACUCUGAAUACCAACUUCCCCGGUCAUAGUUCCUCGAAGUCAACAGCCACGCGGAAUGGAUCAGGGACAUCAACUCCUUCCUUCUUGGGUGUCGGAAGCAGUAACUCCACAGGACCCGUGCUGGAGGAAGUAGUCGUGAGCGUUCCGAUAUCCAAGUCCAUACGGCACAUCACAGACAUGCAGGCGAGUCGUGGUGACGCACAGUACUCUCAUAGCACUGGUCUCCUCGAAUGGCGAGUCCCCACAAACCGUGAAGCUGGGACCAUUUCAGGCACUGCGACUCUCCGAUGUUCCGUUGCAGGUUAUCCAUCAGUCGAUGAGGACCAUGAAGACAGUGUCGAGGAUGACGAGGAUGCCAAUGCAAACCUUCUGCAAGGCUAUUAUGAAGCCCCCAACGCAUACGACGACCCAUCCGCAAGUACUACCAGAAGGAGGCGCGAUCCCUCAAAGAAAAAGAAAAAGAAGAAGAAGGAGAAGGGAACCAAGAAAUCAUCCCGCUCUGCCGCUCUUCUCGAAGAAGCUGGCGAAGGCGAAGGGGAAAGCCUCGCUGAAGGCCUGUCAGACGCACCUGCCAGAGCGACAACCCCAUCUCCGAGCCACUCUAAACCUCAUACGCCUACCCCUCCCUCACAACCUCAACCACCAUCCCAGCUUCCUGCGUUCUUUGCACCUUCAUCCGCACCUCGUGCCGGGCCUCGCAGAACGAAAGCCCAAAUCAAUACAAGCCUCAUGCCGACGUCUGCCGCUGUCUCCUUUUCUGUGAGAGGGUGGCUUCCAUCUGGCAUCAAGGUGGACAGCUUGAACAUUGAUCAACGCCGCAGUCGUGGAGUCGGUGACAGCAUCAAGCCGUACAAAGGGGUGAAAUAUCUAUGCGUGAGUCGACGCGGUGUGGAACGACGUUGCUGA